AUGUAUUUUCUUUUCAUUGUCCUUUAUCUCACCAUAGGUCUCAAUCGACGGCAAUAUGUUAAGACCCUUCAAUCCGGUGGCUCCGUCAGCAAAUGGGUCUGGUGGGCCCAAGAACCAGUUCUAUUCAAUACCACUAUUCGUGAAAAACAUUCGUUACGGACUGAAGAAGCCACACAUGAAGAGAUCAAAGUUUGUGCACGACAAGCCAACGCACACCAAUUUAUUAUGAAACUGCCACAGAAAGCGCUGGAUAAGGCUCAGGAAGGUCGUACUACGAUCGUAGUGGCUCAUAGAUUGUCCACAAUAAGGAACGUAGAUGUCAUAUACGUAUUCAAGGCUGGUGAAGUUGUAGAAAAAGCAGAAGAACCUUCUAAAGUACUUACUCGUGAAAGUUCGGUGAAAAGUGCUCAAGAAAUCGACGAUGAAGAAAUCCUCGAGCUAAAAUCAAGUGACGCUGAUGAGAAAGACGAAAAAGACACAGACGUGUCAUUCUGGAAGGUGCUAGGCUGA